AAGCAAUCGGUGGAACGAAAUAUCAAACAACUGCCAGUAGGACUUUUCACCUAGGCUUGUCUGUGAAGAGGAAAGAUACAUUUCCCCGCCCCUUUCUCUUCUGAUACCUGAUUGAAAAUUCAUCGUCUUCACCUGAAGUCACUAAUUUUUUUAAAAAUGGUUGUGUUAUACUGAAGGAAUCGGAACUCACCUUAAUGAGUUGCUUGCUGAGCAUCUGAGCUCAGUUUGUCAGUGGCAGAAAUCCUGAAACCAUGGGUCACCCACAUAUGCUUUGAGAUGCGUUAGAUGCUUUUUUUUUCCCUGGAAGCCCUGCAACAACUCUAAACUUUGAAUGUAUUGUAGAACAGAUCUAUGGUGAAGCGACUUCCAGUCAUUUGGAAAGGAUGGGAUGAAAAGGAACCUUGGUGAUAAUUUUGAUGUCUGCAAGAUUUAGUACCAGUGUAAUGGGAUUAUCGGUAACACCUUCACUGCAGAAAAAGCCACCUGGCGCUAUAACUGGCAGCAACUGAGAACUAAUCCUUUCCCAUCUCUUGGAUGUCAUUCAUGAAGCUGAAAGCGAUUUCUAUCCUGCUAACUGUGAUUAAUUUUAUAAACAACAACAAAAAAUCAGGCCAAUGGUGACAGAGUCUACAUAGAACUAUGCUUCGUGGUGUUCUGGGGAAAACCUUUCGACUUGUUGGCUAUACUAUUCAGUAUGGCUGUAUAGCACAUUGUGCUUUUGAAUAUGUUGGUGGUGUUGUCAUGUGUUCUGGACCAUCAAUGGAGCCUACGAUUCAAAAUGCAGAUAUUGUCUUUGCAGAAAAUCUUAGUCGACAUUUUUAUGGUAUCCAAAGAGGUGACAUUGUGAUUGCAAAAAGUCCAAGUGAUCCAAAAUCAAAUAUUUGUAAAAGAGUAAUUGGUUUGGAAGGAGACAAAAUGCUCACCAGUAGUUCAUCAAGUUUCUUUAAAAGCCAUAGUUAUGUGCCAAUGGGCCAUGUUUGGUUAGAAGGUGAUAAUUUACAGAAUUCUACAGAUUCCAGGUCCUAUGGACCUAUUCCAUAUGGACUAAUAAGAGGACGGAUCUUCUUUAAGAUUUGGCCUCUGAGUGAUUUUGGAUUUCUACGUGAUAGCCCUAAUGGCCACAGAUUUUCUGAUGAUUAGCCAACAUUUAUUCUUUUGAUUAUUGCCUCCUGUUCAAGUGAAGUUAUUAUUGCCACUGAAACCAUGUACUUACUAAUAAACUAUUUGCUAUUCA